GACGAGGACAGACCGCAUGUGUGUGUCGGAGCGUCGGUGAAUCCCCUAUGGAUGUCGGUGGGAUGUGACGGCGGUGACGCUGGAAUGGCCCUCGUAGUCAGCGCUCUCCGCGGGAUUGAAGCGCCGCCUCGCCUUUGAUUUGGGAACGCUCUCCUCGGACUGGGUUCUGUCUCUUCCCUUAUAUUGGAAAUCCAUACCCGGGUGGCGUAUAUAUUGUGUAGAUGCCGCGGACCGGCUGAAGCGCGCCUCGGGUUACUAUAGAAACGUAUACAGGAUUACGCGCUCACGCCGAAGACAUGGAUCUGUGGUCCAGGAUGGGAGUGUGGAUUCUAUGCGCCACGUUACUGCAGCACGGACAGGCCGAGAAGCCUACGGGAUCCCCCCCGGAGGAGUCCGUAUUGACAGAGUUCUGUCUCAUCGAUCAGCUCCUGUGUCACCGGGAGGACGAGCUGCUCAGCUUCGAGGCCGUGAUGAGUAUCCACAAGCAGAUGGACGACGACGCCAACGGGAACGUGGACGUGGAGGAGAGCGACGAGUUUCUGAGGGAAGAUCUGAAUUACCACGACCCCACGGUGAAGCACAGCACGUUCCACGGGGAGGACAAACUGAUCAGCGUCGAAGAUCUGUGGAAUACCUGGAAGUCCUCAGAAGUGUAUAACUGGACCAUGGACGAGGUGGUUCAGUGGCUGAUCACCUACGUGGAGCUCCCGCAGUAUGAAGAGGCAUUCAGGAAGCUGCAGCUGAGCGGCCGGGACAUGCCCAGGCUGGCGGUAACCAACGCCACGUUAACGGGAACCCUCCUUAAAAUGACGGACAGGAGUCAGAGGCAGAAGCUGCAGCUGAAGGCUCUGGACACCGUGCUGUUCGGACCCCCACUGUUGACCCGUCAUAACCAUCUCAAAGACUUCAUGCUGGUGGUGUCCAUCGUCAUCGGGGUGGGGGGCUGUUGGUUCGCUUACAUCCAGAAUCGCUACUCCAAGGAGCACAUGAAGAAGAUGAUGAAGGAUCUGGAGGGAUUGCAUCGGGCAGAGCAAAGUCUGCAUGACCUGCAGGAGAGGCUGCAGAAGGCGCAGGAGGAGCACCGCACCGUGGAGGUGGAGAAGGUCCAUCUGGAGAAGAAGCUGCAGAACGAGAUCAGUCUGGCCAAGCAGGAGGCGCAGAGACUGCGGGAGCUCCGAGAGGGAACGGAGAACGAACUCAGCAGACAGAAGUACGCCGAGCAGGAGCUGGAGCAGGUCCGCAUGGCUCUGAGGAACGCCGAGAAGGAGCUGGACUCUCACAGCAGCUGGUGCCCCCCGGACGCUCUGCAGAAGUGGCUGCAGCUGACCCACGAGGUGGAGGUCCAGUACUACAACAUCAAGAAGCAGAACGCCGAGAGGCAGCUGCUGCUGGCCAAAGAAGGGGCCGAGAAAAUAAAGAAGAAGAGGAAUACGUUAUUUGGGACGUUCCACGUGGCGCACAGCUCCUCGCUCGACGACGUGGACCACAAAAUACUGACUGCCAAACAGGCUCUCAGCGAGGUGACGGCCGCCCUGAGGGAGCGUCUGCACCGCUGGCAGAAGAUCGAGGCGCUCUGCGGCUUCCAGAUCGUCAAUAAUCCCGGCUUCCACGCGCUGGUGAAUGCGCUCAAUGUAGACCCGGCGCUCCUGGGGGGCUCGCGGCCGGCGCCCACUCACUUCAUCAUGAGCGACGACCUCGAUGACCUGGACGAGGAGAUCGUGUCUCCCAUCAGCAUGCAGUACGCCGCCUGGCUAAUGGGACGCCGGUUCAGCGACCGUCCGUCCGUCGGCUCCGACGAUUCCUCCCUCUGGAAGUUUACCGCGCCCAGUCUGAGCUCCCUCCGGCACCGGCAGGUGGACCCGCAGCUCGCCCUCGGAUCGCAGAGGUUGGUAGAAGGUUAUGUCGUGAGCCAAAGCGAGGCCAAUCCGCCCGUCCAUUACCGGCCCAGCAAAGUGUCUCUGCACCGGAUGCGCAGCCUCUCCCACGGACAGUCGUUCAGCUCCGACACUCACCCCUCCGCCGCGGCUGCCGCUCCGUGCCCUCCCUUCACCGCUCCCCCACCACCUCCGCCUGGCGUUCAUCCCGUCUAUUUCCACCACUCCACCACUUACUAUCUGCCGAUGGACCCCCACUCGGAUCUGCCGCCUCCUGACCUCACCUCGGGGGUUCCGUGUCGGUCCCCCAGCGUUGGGGACCUGAGCCGCUCCGAUUCAGACUCGUCCAUCCCCCACAUCGCUGAGCAGCGAAUCAGCAGCUUCAGCUCCAAAAUCCCCUCCUCCAAGCCAACGUCAUUGAGCAGAGCCUUGGAGGAACAGGCAUCCAGCAGCCAGAGCCCUAACGGAGGCAACCGGCACCUUGAGUUGGCCGCUGUGGGCCACCUGCAGGAGAGACUGACCGGCAGCCCCGAGCUCCAGAAGAAGCUGUCGGAGAAGUCCAUGAGUAUGGGAGAAAUCAGCUUGGCCGGCACCGUCCAGUCCGACGACUCCAGGUCGCACAGUCCGAGCUCCACCGAGGCCGAGACCCCGUCGCCGGGCGCCGACUCCAAACACAACUCCAAAGGCACCCGCAUCCCGCAGCUGGCCGGGAAGAAGACCUUAGGAGAAGACGACAGCGGAUCCACCGGAGAGGAGAACGACCCGGCCACCGGCAAGAAGAAGCUGCUGAAAAUCUUCAAAAAGCCAAAGAAAUAAGACGGUGGCCUUCGGGCCGAGAGCAAAGCAACAGAGUAGGGUGACGGGGGGGUCCGCAGGGGCCACCCUGUGCGCAAAUACGGGAGAGCAGGCAUUGGGGUUAGAGCCAGCGCAUGGUUUUUGUGACGCCCCCCCCCCCGCAGAGGGACACCUGAGUUCAAUCAUACAGAAAUGAUGCUAGAACUGGGGGAGGGGCUUUUUAUCCUCGUAUUUAUUUCGGGGGGCUGCUCGCUCUGCUCGGAUAACCCCGCUGUACCUCUCCCCGAAAGGGCAUCUUCGCUUUGCUAUGCAUGGCUCGUAGGGAGUCCUCCUCCCUUCCGCCACCAACCCGACUCCCCACGCGAGGGCAUUGAGAAGGGCCGCGGUCGGAUGGAUGAGUUUGGGGGGGGGGGUACGUUUGUAUUUUCCUUCUUUUGUGUUUCUGUAUUCUUUGCUUCUUAUGGGCAUGCUAAAAAAAUGAGAAAAAUCUAACCAAAAACAAUAAAAGUCUGCACAGCCAGUUUAUUCCGGA